GAGCCCACCCAGAGUGGGAGCGAGCCGACUGGGCGCUUCUGCGCGGAGGACGAGAGCCUCGGAACCCAGCCGCGGAGGCGGCGUCGAGGACGAGAGCAAGUAGGGGAUUAUUCAAGAUAAAGUUGUAGCCAUUUUCAACAAGGAUUGAUGAUCAGAAUUUUUCUUUUUAAAACAUUUUCAAGUUAAAGAUGAAAGGAAAAUGCUGGAAUUGUUUGGAUUCUAACUGACAGGAUAAAGAAUAUAGUAUUUCACAGUUACUUGUAAUGGAACCUCAGUAAAAUUCAUCACUUGUCAUGCACCCAACUGGGAACAUGGAUGUUGGUUUUUCUCGUUCUGCUGUUCAUACACUGUCAAGAAGCCACUGCAAAAACAUCAAACAAAAAAUUUCUCAGUGGGAAGGAAGAACUAAUGGUAAAUCUAAUCCAGAUAAGUGUGAUCCAAAGGACUUUGGAGUGAGAUAUAAUAACUGUAAUCAAGAGAUUCUUCUUAAGAGAAAUCCUGUUGCUGAGGGAAAGAGCAAAAAGCUGGAUGUCACCAACUCUCAAAAUGUUGAUCAGGGUAUUAAUGAAGAUGCCAAAAGCCACAAUCGAAGUGAGGAUGAAAGUGAGAAACGUGAAUAUGAUGAUACACACUUCUUUAAAAAUGAAUCAGGAUCCAACUGGGUAUGUUCUCGGGCCAAACAAACUGAAAGCUGGAAAGAAGUUUUGGAUCCAGAGACUUCAUUACCUCCAGGAAAUUUCUAUACCUCACAGAUAUUGUGGAAGAAAAUAGAAGCACUUCCCCCAGAUAAAGUCUUAAAUUUAGCUUUAGAACAUUGUGACUCUUCAGAAAAAGAACUGAAUUUCAGAGGUCUGGAUAGUUCAUAUGGAGUAACGAAGAGCUUAGAAAACAUUUACUCUGAACCUGAGGGACAAGAAUGUGGACAUUCUAUAAAUCCUUUGCCAAAACCUCGUAGGACAUUCAGAUAUUUAUCUGAAUCUGGUGAUAUGCCAUAUAAAGAAAGAAACUGUGACAGAAAAUACUGUGAAAAUAAUUCUUGUACAGAGCCCUCUUUAGCCUCUUCUCAGGAACCUGAACCAAAGAACUAUGGCAGAAAAAUCAGAGGGAGAUCUAAAAGGAAAUCCUUUGAAUUUGAGGACAUUCAGCACUUUCGAAAUCAGAACUCACGGAAGAUUCAUGAAGAACUUAGAAGAAAUUCUGGCUCAGCACUUUAUUACACACAGUCUGAGGACAAUAUCUAUGAGGAUAUCAUAUAUCCCACCAAAGAAAAUCCAUAUGAAGAUAUUGCAGUGCAGCCUUUGCCCAUGUGGAGGUCUCUUUCAACAUGGAAGCUACCACCCCCUAAAAGUGCUUUCAAAGCACACAAGCUUCCUCCCAAACCUCAGUUACUUCACCGGAAGACUAUGGAACCGAAGAACUCACAAGUUUAUUUAUGGUCAAAGCUCACAAAGGAUACCACGUUGCCUGUCACUUUAACUGAAUGGAAGCUUUUCCAAGCUGGAGAAGUUGCAAACAGGAAAAGGAAAAAUCUUCCAAGGCUUGUAUUGAAAAUAGAUGAUAUAUUUGAAUCUAAGAGAGGGAAGAAGAGGGUAAAGUUACACCCUUACACUGGAAAAGAUGUACCUCCCUCUAAAGGUGAAACCUGUGGGUACGAAAGUGAUGCCGAGUAUCUGCCAAAGAGUCGCUACAAGCGCAUAGCGCAACUGCAGCAACCUUCCAAGAGGAAUCCUCACUACCAGACCUUAGAGCGGGAUCUAAUUGAAUUACAGGAGCAGCAGCUGUUUGAACUUUUUGUGGUGGUGUCUCUACAGAAGAAGCCAUCAGAAAUAAGCUACAUUCCCCAGGUCAUACAACAAUUCCCUAGCAAGGGUGAUCAUGGCUGUAAGCAAUCCAGAGACACUGAAGACAGGCUCAAAGUUAUCCCAAAAUUUUGUUUUCCUGAUUCAAAGGACUGGGUGCCAACCUCAGAACUCAAGAGUGAAACGUUCUCCUUUGUCUUAACUGGUGAAGAUGGGAGCCGGUGGUUUGGUUACUGUAAGAAGCUCUUGCCAGAAGGCAAAGGAAAGCGACUCCCUGAGGUAUACUGCAUGGUCAGUCGCCUAGGCUGCUUCAACCUUUUUUCAAAGAUUCUGGAUGAAGUAGAGAAGAGAAGAGAAAUGUCUCCAGCUUUGGUUUACCCAUUUAUGCGAAGUGUCAUGGAAGCUCCUUUCCCAGCUCCUGGACGCACCAUCACAGUAAAGAGCUACCUCCCUGGGGCUGGAGAUGGGUCAAUUGAACUGUGCCGACCACUGGACUCACGAUUGGAACAUGUUGAUUUUGAAUGUCUCUUUAAGUGCCUGAGUGUGUGCCAUCUCAUUCGGGUCUGUGCCUCUCUCCUUUUGGAGCGGAGGAUAAUCUUUGUUGCCAACAGCCUAAGCACCCUGUCAAAAUGUGGCCAUGCUGUGGUUGCCACACUGUAUCCAUUCACCUGGCAGCAUACCUACAUCCCAGUCCUGCCAGCCUCUAUGAUCGACAUUGUGUGCUCACCUACUCCUUUCCUUAUUGGAAUCCUGUCUUGCUCCUUACCGCGGCUCCAGGACCUACCCAUUGAAGAGGUGCUGAUAGUUGAUCUCUGUGCAGACAAGUUCUUACAGGAGGUAUCUGAUGAGGAUGAAAUUCUACCACCUAAACUCCAGGCUGCCCUGAUACAAAUUUUGGAAGAACGAAACGAAAUUUUGGCUCAGGAGCAGAAUUUUUUACAAGAAGAUGUGACACUCAACUCUCUGGUGUCCGAAGCAUUUGUCAGGUUUUUUGUUGAACUGGUGGGACAUUAUUCUUUGAGCAUGACUGUCACUGAGCAUGGGGAGCGUGUAUUCCAAAGGGAGCCAUUCCGUAAAUCCCACACCUCCCGAAGUGUACGCCACUUCCUGGAUCUCUUCAUGGAAACUCAGAUGUUUGCAGGAUUCAUCCAGGACCGAGAGCUUCGGAAAAGUGGGGUGAAAGGUUUGUUUGAGGUCCGGGCCCUCCAGUAUUUGGAAACAAUUCCUGAGUCUGAGCCCAGUGGAGUGAAUAGAAUUUUGCGGACUCUUGGAAGUAAAAUGAAAUUUCUUCAGAAGAAAUGAAACCUUUGAUUGACAGCCACCAUCCUAAAUAGAACAGAAAGUGACAAAGAAACUAUUUUUCCAAGAGUCAAGAUGUCCUGAAGUAUUCUACAAAGUCUUGAAAGUUGAAAGGUUACAGAGCGGGCCAGGUUCUCGGAGCAGGAUUCUCCUGUUGCUGCUGUAGUAAUCACUGGAGAAUUGUUGGGAGUGGUCUGGAAGCAAUGCUCCCUUUACUCUGCCUCCAGAUUUUUUUUAAGUGGCCUUUCUUUUUGAUUCUUGAGCUCAUUCUUUGUGUUUUGAGCUUAGUCUAUGAAGGCACUUGUCUUUUACAAGAAAGAGGUGGUGUUGCAUUUUAAAAACAGCUCAAAGAUGAGCACAAUGAGAAAAGUGCUGCAUUUAAGGUACUACGGAGGCAUGAUAGAAGUAGAGGACUAGCCCUUCACACAUAAUUCUCAUCACUGAAAUACCAUGGCAGCUUUAAACCUAUGGGCUGUUUGAGCUGAGCUAAGGACUAUACUCGUCUUUUUUUUUUUUUUUUUGGUCUAAUGCUCUGUCUAGGGGAAUCUCACUUAUGUGGAAGCCCUAUGUAUUAUCACUGUUAUUGAGUAUCUUAUAAAAAUAGACAUUUUAUAGCGCCUCCUCCACAUUGUGUGGCACUUGGGUAGCUUGUCCCACGCAUGUCAACAUUAAACUUUGGGGAAUUAUAGCU